GUUGCAGCCAAUGACGAGAACAGUAGCACUGUGCCCGCUGUGUACAGCACUCCCAAUACUACCCCCAAAGACAAUCCAGCUGCUGAAACAGUGAGCACUGACGGGGAAACCGAUACCUCCCAACCAACCGAGGCGACCACAAGCCCGAAUACAUUUAAGCAUGCGGAUACUACUGAGACCUCAACUGUAGUCCCCACGUUGAACGAGCUUGUGGAAUCCGAGGGCGUCACCUCAACGGAAGCCACUCUGCAGAGUACUGAAGUGCCCUCGAAGGCAUCAGUGAACAGUAAAGGGGAAGAACUGUUAUCCGAGUCUAAAGAGGCUCUUGCGGAUGUUUUUGAGAUUACCGGGGUUCCUACAACGACCGAUUCGACGGUCAAACAGGAUUCUACAACGCUUUUGGCAACAACCCUCUCUACAACGCCGGCAACAGAGACCUUAAGGUCGAGUACGGUAGAUACCCUUCAAAGCCCUACGGAAGCGCAGUUGGACGUUUCGAACCUGAGCAAACUGUACUCACCGGACGGACCGCGAGAUGUCGAAGUACGCUGCAGAAUCAUCCCGGAUAUUUCACCCUGUACACAGGCGGACCGCGGAGUUCAUUGGUACUUUGAUGCCAUUGAACAGCGUUGCCUUUCGACGACAGACUGCAUCUCCAAUGAGAAUAACUUUGAGAGUGAGCUGGAGUGUAUGACUGCAUGUCAUCAUAAAACACGUAAGUUUACUAAAAAAGGGUAUGCCUCUAUUCCAUUUUCGUGA